AAGAAUGUGGAUCUUACCGGAACCGGAACCGGAAGCUGUCCCGGAGGUUCCUGGAAAAGACAACAGCUAGCCAGCGGAGCUGCAAUGUGUUAGCAACUACUGCUAUUUAAAGUAGCGUUGUGAUCGCAGCACACCAAACAAGUAGUAUUUAUAUUUAACCCCAUGGCGCUGAGAGAGGCAAUGGUCCAUGAAGAGUUUUGGUUUCACAGGGAGUGGCUGGUCCACCAGGGUCAUCAUCAGUCACUGGAGCACAGAUAACACCUCUAAACUGGGGUUGCAAAAGGUGACGGUAGAGUAUUCCAGAGAGACACUGGUUGGAGACAGCAGCUUCUAUAAGAUAAACCAUGAUCCCCAUCACUGAGCUGCGGUACUUUGUGGACACACAGCCGGCAUACCGCAUCCUGAAACCAUGGUGGGAUGUGUUCACCGACUACAUCUCCAUUGUCAUGCUCAUGAUCUCCGUGUUUGGGGGCACACUGCAGGUCACACAGGACAAAAUGAUCUGCCUGCCCUGCAAAUGGGUGGUCAACGAGACCUGCAAGAAGAACUUCAAUUCCACCCUCGCCGCAUCAAUGUUCAUGGAGCCCAAAGGGAUCCAGUAUGAUCUGGACCGUCACCAGUACAACUAUGUGGAUGCUGUGUGCUAUGAGAAUAGAUUGCACUGGUUUGCCAAGUAUUUUCCUUACCUAGUAUUACUCCACACCCUUAUUUUCCUAGCUUGCAGCAACUUUUGGUUUAAGUUCCCACGGACUAGUUCCAAACUAGAGCACUUUGUAUCCAUCUUGCUGAAAUGCUUCGACUCCCCAUGGACGACUAGGGCGCUCUCAGAGACAGUGGUUGAAGAGAGCGACCCAAAACCGAUGAAAAUGAACGGCUCAAUGGACCACAAGGAGUCGGUUAUCAGUGAGGACGUUGAAGCGAGUGUUCCUAUGCUCCAAAGGACAAAGACGCGCUUUGAGCAGGGCAUUGUAGAUAGAACAGAAACAGGGGUUUUGGACAAGAAAGAGGGUGAACAGGCGAAAGCCCUGUUUGAAAAAGUCAAGAAGUUCCGUAUACACGUUGAAGAAGGUGACAUCGUGUACAGACUGUACAUCCGUCAGACUAUCAUCAAAGUCAUCAAGUUUAUUUUGAUAAUCUGCUAUACAGGGUAUUACGUGCAUGAUAUUAAAUUCAGCGUUGACUGUUCGGUUGAUAUAAAAACCCUGACAGGUUACAGCGUGUACCGUUGUGCUCACCCGUUGGCUACACUUUUUAAAAUCUUAGCCUGUUUCUACAUUAGCUUAGUAGUGGUGUAUGGUUUGAUCUGCAUGUACACACUUUGCUGGAUGCUUCGGCGCUCUCUAAAGAGGUACUCUUUUGAGUCGAUACGGGAAGAGAGCAGCUACAGCGACAUACCCGAUGUUAAGAACGACUUUGCAUUCAUGAUGCACAUGAUCGAUCAGUAUGACCCUCUGUACUCCAAACGCUUCGCCGUGUUCCUUUCAGAAGUGAGCGAAAACAAGCUGAGGCAGCUCAACCUCAACAACGAGUGGACGCUGGACAAGCUCCGGCAGAGGAUUACCAAGAACUCUCAGGAGAAGUUGGAGUUGCACCUUUUCAUGCUGAGUGGCAUUCCAGACACAGUAUUCGACCUGAUGGAGCUAGAGGUUCUUAAACUGGAGCUCAUCCCCGACGUCACCAUCCCGCCGAUCAUCGCCCAGCUGGUCAACCUGCGAGAGAUGUGGCUUUACCACACGCCGGCCAAAAUCGAAGCUCCUGCGUUGGCUUUUUUGCGCGAGAACCUGAAGUCUCUGCACAUCAAGUUCACUGACAUCAAAGAGAUUCCCUUAUGGAUCUACAGUCUGAAGAAUCUCAGCGAGCUUCAUCUAACGGGGAAUCUCAGCGCGGAGAACAACCGUUACAUCGUCAUCGACGGGCUCCGGGAGCUCAAGAGGCUCAAAGUUCUUCGUCUGAAGAGCAAUCUUACCAAGCUACCUCAGGUGGUGACCGAUGUGGGCAUGCACCUCCAGAAGCUCUCCGUCAACAAUGAAGGCACCAAGCUGAUGGUGCUCAACAGCCUGAAGAAGAUGGUGAACCUGACGGAGCUGGAGCUCAUUCGCUGCGAUCUAGAACGCAUACCGCACUCGAUCUUCAGCUUGCACAACUUGCAGGAGAUCGAUCUGAAGGACAACAACCUGAAGACCAUCGAGGAGAUCAUCAGCUUCCAGCACCUUCAUCGGCUGGUAUGCCUUAAGCUCUGGUACAACCAGAUUGCCUAUAUUCCCAUCCAGAUUGGCACACUGACCAACCUGGAGAAACUGUACCUGAACAGGAACAAGAUCGAGAAGAUCCCCAGCCAGUUGUUUUAUUGCCGCAAGCUGCGCUUCUUGGACCUGAGCCAUAACAACCUAACCUACAUCCCUACAGACAUUGGCUUCCUCCAGAAUCUUCAGUACCUGGCAGUUACAGCCAACAGGAUCGAGAGCCUGCCCAAUGAGCUGUUCCAGUGCAAGAAGCUUCGCACUUUGAACUUGGGGAACAAUUGCCUGCAGUCUCUGCCAUCGCGCUUUGGAGAGCUGACUGGGCUUACACAGCUAGAGCUGAGAGGAAACCGUCUGGAGUGUCUGCCCGUGGAGCUGGGCGAGUGCCGACAGCUGAAGAGAACCGGCCUCGUGGUGGAGGAGGACCUCUUCAACACCCUGCCCACGGAGGUCAAGGAGCAGUUCUGGAAAACUGACAAAGAGCAGGCUUGAACAGGUCUGUGGCUGUGAGUGAAAACAGAUACUGACCAACUGGCCCCUGACACAAGAGGAACGCCUGUACUGUCUCAGAAGCAGAUAGUAUAGUCCUGCUGCAGUGUACUGCCAGUAAGGUUGGGUAUCGAUAACCAGUGCCAGCUGGGCAAAACCAAAAUACUGAUAGCUUCUGGUUGUUCUCUCGAUUUUCCUUCCUCUACAAACAACUUCUCAAGCCUUUCCCUUAUAACCCAGUAAUGCUUUUUUAGCAUUGCUAUUGUAAUCUGCAGCGUGUGUCAACUCUGCUAAAGAUGUUCAAUUACUAUAACAUCGGGUUCUUGUCUAAUCAAGAUAGAAUACAUUAUUAAAAUAACCUAUCCAGUAUUGAUAUUUUCACAAAUGAGAUAGCAAGGUGGUCUCUUAAGACCUCAGCCUCAUAACAUGCAAAGUAAUUAAUCAUGAUAGGCUAGAGGCUGUAACUCUUUUUUUUUUUUUCUUUUGAGGAAAGAUUAUACAGAUGUUCGUUUACAAUUAGGGCUGUCAAUCGAUUAAAAUAUUUAAUAUUAAAUAUUAAAAUAUGAAUCCCACAAUUGUCCAUAGUAAUUGUGAUUAAUUUAUUUUAUGUUCAAAAUGUACCUUAAAGGGAAAUUUGUCACGUAUUUAAUACUCUCAUGGGAGUGGGCACAUAUGCUUGCAAUGACAAAUGUUGUCCAGAAACCCUCACAGGUACUGCAUUUUAGCAACCUAAAAAUCACAAUUUGUGUUAAAGCAAUUAGUGGCGUUGUUUAUCUGCUGUUUUUUCUGGCCCUCAGAUACCUCCAUAUUUGCUUAGUUUGAAAUUAAUUGGAAAAUUGUCAAUGUAUGGCACAAAAUAACAAAUCAGGGAUAAUUAAUGAUGAGUCAUGUAAAGAAAGGUUAUUGAUUCUGAGAUCCUUGUGUCUGAGAGGAUGUUGCAUAAUGUGGAAGGGUCACUGAGGAGACUGUUAGUUGUGCAAGUGCUGUAGAGAGUGAUGAGUUGUCUUUGGUUGAGUCUUGGUAGCACUACAACAUGUGGUAUUGAGUGUGAUCCUUACAUGGAGCCAGUUUGGCAGAGCGGAGGGGGUUGAUGGCCUCUUUCUGGGGAAAAGAUGUGGAGUGUGUUUGACCGAGUGCUUGAGGAAAAGCAAUUAUUCUACUGAAUGCUACCCAGCGGACUAGUAUUCCAAAACAUCACCCCCAUACACAGCGGAGCAUCUUAUCAGCAAGCGGAUACCCAGCCCUUACUGCCAGUAUACUCCUCAGUGGGAAUUGAGCAAAAUCUGUGUCACGGUCAUGCUGCAUCCACAUUGUUUGUUUGUAAUGAAUUGCACAAAACGAAAUGAACAAAUCUGGGGGAAAUGCUGAUAAGGUUUUGAAUGAGAUGAGUCAUGUCUGCAUCAAAAUAAUUAAAAGGAAGCUUAUACAGGAUAACACAAUGUUGACAUUGAAAUGGAGCCUCCCAAUAUUAGUAAUAUGUGUCAAACCAACACAGAAGCUUACCUGAAUGGUUUAUUACUCUUUCUUUGGGGGGUAUGAAGUAAACACUGGUCUACUUUUGUGCUCUGAUAGCUGAGUGUUAUCAUCUGCAAAUAACAAGUAAAAGAACCAGACAUGUUCUCAAAUGUGUUUUUAAACACCUGGCCUUGUGUUCAUUUCAGUUUGUUAUUAUAACAUUAUAGGAUUAAUAUGAUUCUUAUUCUUGCUGAACUGCAUUAGUCAAAAUAUGGUGCAAUGUUCAGUGUAGAUGUUCAACUGUGUGAGAUUACAGCCAUCUUUAAUCUAUUUCAAUUGCUAUAUUGGAUUCAUUUAGAUGAGGUUAAUAUAAUUUUUUUAUGUGAAAGAACAAUGCAAUAAGGUCCAAAAUGGCCAUUUCUGAAACUUGAUCGUAGUGAAAUUUAAAAUUUAAGCUGUUACUUCAAAAAGAGUAAAGCUUUUAAAAAAACAAGCUACAUUCCACUUUAUGUACAGACACAUUGUAAUUCCUACAAAUUAAUUUGUCAUCUGCAACAAAGAUUAAAAGCCAUGGCUUUCAGGUCAGUUGCCUUAACUUUAAUUCACUCCUGUGUUAUGUACUGUUUCUGUUAUUUUUGUUGAGGCAAACAAAUGACUCUUGACCAUGUUUUGAUGCAGAUAAUUGUCUUUAAAGCUGCACUAGACCAUCCACGCCCAAAUGAUAAUGGGAGUAACAGGACAGUUUUCCUGUUUGUUUUAUAUUUUUGCUCUAAUGUUUCAUUUCAUCACUUCCUGUGGACUCUUCACAAGUGACCAUACUUGACACAAGUAAUUAAUUUGGGCAAAUAAAAGAUACAUACGAUGUCUCAAAUGUGAUUAAUGAGACAUUCUUUGUAGCCUCACCUCGUCAUAUGUCUGUGCUAACUUUAUUUCUACUGCUGACAACUACUAUAGAGUGUAAAAGUCAGAAGGGCAUUAAUGAUUUAAAUUAUCCAGCAACAUUUCUACCAGUCUUAUUUAGUGAUCAAGAAAUUUAGCAUUUUAGAUUUUUAUUUUAUUAAUUAUUGACGGGCUGAUUUUGGUUAUUUUUUUAAAUUAUGUAAUGGAUUUUUUGUUUGUGUGGUUUUUCUUUGUGCCAGGUAUACUCACCUUAUGGAAACCCAUCCUUGUCAGAGAGAUAAAGAAAGACAGAAAGCUAGAAAUGAUUUUAAUUUUAAUUAAAAAUCUAAGUCUAAAUUAUAAAGUAAUAUCUUAUAAUUUCGUUUUACUAAACUGGAUCUGUGGGAGAGUUAAAAAAUGUCUUAGUUUCUCAUAAUUUUGACUUGGUGUCAUAUUAUACUGAUUUAUUUUAUUCAUAAUUGUGGGAGAUGUUUAUUUUUAUCAUUCUUGUUUUUCUUUUUUUUUUCUUGUCGUAAAUGGGCCUCCAUACUUCAGGUCAGAUCAUCUAACUGUUGUCAUUUAUUUCUUUGGUUUCAACGUGUGUUCAUUUGUAGAGAAAUGUUCAAUACUUUUUGCCUGAGAGUGACUUUUCUGCACUUGUGUUUUUGCCACAGUAAGUUCCAGUAAUAAAAUAUGGAAUUCGAGGUCAAUGCACAGCUCUGACACAGCACAACACAUAAUAGGGGUUCUUGUGUUUACCCCGAGAACAAAUAAAAACAUCAGUUUAUGUUUUAAUAAACCUAACUGCAAAGAAAACUUGGACAGUAGCAAUAUACACUACAGUAACUGGGUUUAAAAGCAUAGGAAUAGUUUAAGCUAUGUGCAUUUACUUCAGUAACAUGUUUAACUAUGCUACAUUGUGCAAUAUUGCCUUUAUUUAAACUAUGUAACGAUCAGUAGUGAUGUUUUCUAAUGUGCAUGGGCAUUCUUUUUGUCACGAUCAUUUUACUAAGGUGACGAUGAGGAUUUUUGGUCUCAGAAAAUGCUUGCGCACUAUAGCACCUCUCCCACAAGUUACAUUUAGGUAAAUGCAAAUAAUGGUAAACAACUUCAUGUGUCAAGCUCAUGUUUUUUUUAUGUAUUUGGUGUGGGAAGGUUCGACUGAAUGGCUGCCAGCCAUGAGAUUGAAUUAGAUAUCAGGUAUUAGAUAAGUAUUUCAGCUUUUUUUUUUUCAACUACUCACAGAAAAACAAAUUAUUUACCAUUACGUCCCAACUUGAGCAUUUUAAAUGAACACCUCAGCAAUACACCACAGAUCAAGACAAUCAACUACUAUAAUUAAGACUGACAGCAGAGAACCUUUUGUCAAAUGUAAAGUGUUUCAGUGAGCACUGCAAGUAAAUGGUCAGUACAUUAAAAAUGCAUUGUGCAGGUUGCUAGUAAAGUAUCAAUAAAUAGAUUAGCUUUUAUCUCAUAGUUAUUAUUAAUCUUUUUGUUCUGUUUUCCCUCCUUUUUUUUAAUAAUUUUGACUAAUUUUAUUUUGACUGCUAUUAGUGUUAUUACAAUAUAACUAAAUUUCUCAGGAAACCAGCUAGUACUCACUUCUUGUUUGAGUUGAUUGCCUAUUUUUUCUUUUAUUACACCUGGUAUUUUUUAUUAAUUUAAACAAUUGUUUUAUACAGUUACAGUUUUAUAUGCAUUUCUAUACAUUUCCUUUUUCUAGUUUGGUGUAUUUAAUAUUGACUGCUGGUUUAAAACAAAAUGUGUUUUGUGUUUUUAAAAGAACCACUUAGUUUAACUGUGUUUUUCCUCAUUGACCACGUACAAAUUGAGCUGUGUUGUUUCAGAAUUAUUGUCUUUGUCGUGAUUAGCACAGAUGAAGAGUGUGUGAGAGUGUUAUCCGUGUGUUGGUAUGUUGGCGUGAUGAGACUUUCUCACCCCAUGAUGUUCAUCUUUGUUCUUUCUCCUCUUCAAAUCAUUAUGUUUGGGUACAAAAUCUUUUUUUUUUUCAAAUGUUUCCCAACUCAAAUCCAAUCAUAGGUGAUGUACACAUUUGGCUUCAUGCAAUGUUUGGUUGCCAAACGUUUUUCAUUAAUAAGGAAAUCAUCAGUGCAUCAGUAUUGACAUGAAUGAUAUGACAGUGAGUAUUUAGUUUGAACAUGUGUCCCAUCUUCUCCUGCACACCAUCCACUAGAGGUAAAAUAAAAAAUAAACUUGGUUGACCUAA